AUCUUUUAUAUUUGAAUAGGAAUUUUCUUCCUCUUGAAUUUUUUUUUUUCCCGCAAAGUGCAACCUGUCGCCACCUCCACGUGGCUACGCGCCCACCACUCCGGCCAAGGUCCGGUGAAAAGACUAAAGAGAGAGAGAAAGAGAGUCGGCUACAGAACUCGGGGGGUUUUCUGUUAGUUUCUUCGAAGAUCGAACGAACACUAGGGUUUUUGAUCCACAUGGAUACCAAAAUGUUGCAAAAUAGCACAUUGGCCCUCACAGAUCAUGAAGUUUUGUCCAUUAGUACAGUUUUAGAUGCAGUGAGGAAGCUUGAUAAUGCAGGGGUUGAUCAGUGUGAUCCACUAAUUAUUACUCAAGCAUCUUCCCUAAGUCAGCUGCCAGUGGAGUCAUCUUCCUUGGAUAUUGUCAUCUCUAUUUGUAGAUCACUUGAAUUUCCUUGUGAUAAGUUGCUGGCAGAAAUCUCAAGAGUUUUGAAGCCUGGUGGGACAGUAUUAAUUCAGAAAACUUCGCAAUCUGUUGCAGGGAUAAAGGAUGGGGAAACCUCUCUUGAGCGCAAAUUAUUGAUGGCAGGGUUUUUAGAAGCACAAGCUAUUCAGCUGAAACCAGUUGUCCCAUCUGAAGGUGCUCAGUCUUUUGGGAUUAAGGCUAAGAAGCCUUCCUGGAAGAUUGGUUCAUCAUUUUCAAUCAAGAAGGCUGAAAAAAGUUUACCCAAGUUUCAAAUUGAUGAUGAUAUGGAUCUGAUUGAUGAAGAUAGCCUCCUAACUGAAGAAGACUUGAAGAAACCUCAGCUGCCAGUUGAUGGUGAUUGUGAAGUUGGAAGCACAAGGAAAGCUUGCAAAAAUUGCACUUGUGGGAGGGCCGAGGAAGAGGAGAAAGUGGAGAAAUUAGGUCUGACUAUGGAUCAAUUGAACAAUCCUCAGUCAGCAUGUGGAAGUUGUGGAUUAGGAGAUGCCUUCCGGUGCGGUACAUGCCCUUACAAGGGUCUUCCUCCAUUCAAACUGGGGGAUAAGGUGUCACUAUCAGGAAACUUUCUUGUGGCUGACAUUUAAAAACAUUGAGGGAAAAGCUGGCUUUGUCACCAUAAUAAUAAUUGAAUUCUGGUUACUGGAUGAUUAACAGAAGUUACGUUGUGUUUAUUUUAAGUUUGUUGGAUGUCAUGAACAUUACAAUUAGAUUCUGAUGAAAAACAAACACAAGAUGCAGUGUGGUGUUUGUGUCAAACACUGCCGAUGAAGGGAAAAGGAAUUUUGCUGAAGUAUGUGGCCUCUGAAUCCGGAAGGAUUUGAUGAUGAAUAAAAGACUUAUAUUUUGGAGUACUCGAGGUUUGGUUGGUUGCUCCCCUUUUAUCUUA